AUGUCCGAGACUGCUCCCGCCGCCGCUCCCGCUGUCGCGGCUCCCGCUGACAAAGCAGCCGCCCAGAGGCCACGCAUCAAGUUGGGGCUGAAGAGCCUCGUCAGCAAGGGCACCCUGGUGCAGACCAAGGGCACCGGCGCCUCCGGGUCUUUCCGUCUGAGCAAGAAGCCUGGGGAGGUGAAGGAAAAAGCCCCCAAGAAGCGGGCAGCCGCGGCCAAGCCGAAGAAGCCGGCGGCCAAGAAGCCCGCCAGCGCUGCUAAGAAGCCCAAGAAGGCGGCGGCGGUGAAGAAGAGCCCCAAGAAAGCCAAGAAGCCGGCAGCUGCCGCGGCCAAGAAAGCCACCAAGAGUCCCAAAAAGGCGACUAAGGCGGCCAAGCCCAAAAAGGCAGCGGCAGCCGCGAAGAGCCCGGCCAGGGCGAAGGCGGUGAAGCCCAAAGCAGCCAAGCCCAAGGCAGGGAAGCCCAAAGCGGCCAAGGCGAAGAAGGCGGCGCCCAAGAAGUGA